AUGGUGGCAGUGAAACGAGAAAAUGAGUCUCAGGACUCAAUUACAGUCUCAAGUAACAACAGUGGGAAUGAGUGUAUGAUAUGUGCCAAACUCGGGUCGCGGAAGAAAGAUUUUUCAACUUGGAUCCAAUGCGAUGUUUGUAAGAGAUGGACCCAUACUGAAUGCUCUGGAUUGGAUUCGGAAACCGUUAACGAAAUCAACUUAUAUCAUUGCAACGAUUGCAAUGCGAAACAUGGUCCACUGGUGAUGCGUCGUAAAUCGAAACGCAGCAAGGUUCUUAUUGAUUACGCCGCUUAUAAUGAAGGACUCACAUUUGCAUUAAACAAAUCCCACCAUCCUCAUGUUUCCAAAUUUCAUUCAUUCCCUAUCGAAGUACCUGACACUGUGCGAGAUUUAACAGUCAAUCCUUAUAUUGACGUGGUGUCAUCGUGUACUGCAAAGGAAGCUAUAUCUAGUCGAUGGACUCGACCUAUUUUGGUACCUCAAGCAGAUUUACUGGUUGUGGGAAUGGAAUUACCCCGGCCUCGCGAGGAAAUUUCCGUCGACUACAUCGCAGAGCAUGUUGGGAAGGACCAACCUAUUGAAGUAAUGGAUGUUCUUUCGCAAUUGGGCGUAGUACCCGGUUGGAAUAUGGGCCAAUGGCAAGAAUAUUUCACUACAGCCAGUAACCAUCGUGAUCGUAUAAGGAAUGUUAUUCUGUUGGAGGUUUCAAAAGUUACAGGUUUGGGAGAUAAAUUUAUUCGACCUAAAGUGGUUCGCGAUUUGGACGUGGUAGAUAAAACUUGGGUCGACCCAGAUCAGGAACGACCCCAAGUUACCAAAUAUUGUUUGAUGUCGGUGAAAGGUUCCUUCACUGAUUUCCAUAUAGAUUUUGGUGGAACCUCAGUAUACUAUACUAUUUGUUCAGGAGAGAAGAUUUUCUUAAUGUUCCCUCCAAAUGAAUCAAAUCUUUAUCUUUACACUCAAUGGUGUCUUGAACCUAACCAAAACUAUAUAUGGUUCCCUGAUUACACCAAGAAAUCAUUGAAACCGAAUAAAGGGUUUAAAGUCACUUUAAAGGAAGGCGACCUAUUUUAUAUACCUAGUGGCUGGAUCCAUUGUGUUUAUACACCAAGUGAUUCUGUGGUGAUUGGAGGAAACUUUUUAACAUUAAUGAAUAUGCCAAUGCAGUUACGAAUAGCCCAAUUGGAAAAGGAUACUCUGGUUCCGUAUAAGUUUCGAUUCCCACUUUUCAAUAAGUCCCUUUGGUUGACCAGCUGGUAUUAUUACAAUCAUAAAGCUGAAUUUGAAGACUUUUUAGGUGGUGACAAAGCACUUCAAUACGAGGUCAUAACUACAUUAAAGGACCAUCUUGAAAGCCAUUUGCUUAUUAGUAAGAAGAAUAAAACAGCAAAAAUGAGUAUUCCACAGGAGAUUAUAACACAAGAGAUUCCACAGUUCUUAUACCAUUUAGAGGAAUGGGCUUUAUCGUACAAAAUUAAACGUGAUUAA